GUUACGCCGAAGGGCGGUUAUCCCUGAUACCAUGCUGAUACCGGCUAUACAGAUACAAAUACAGAUUUGACCUGUUGCGUCAUUCCGUACACAAUGACCUAGUUUCCUGGCCAGUAAUACUACACUCGUGACUGACUGAAUGCAUCUCGUUAGCCAUUAGCAGCGAGGUCGUUACCGGAAGAAAGAACGGCUGCCACCCGGAGUCGCCUUCCCUUCAUUACGAGCUUUUCACCGGCAUCAAAACCAAAGCGGGUAGCUGUGUAAGGAAUCAGAGAAACCAGGAUGGGUGUCCAGGCCGCAGAAGGUUGGUCAAAGAAACAUCUGUUGAACUGACCUGACGGUCAAAAUGUCGGCUGAAAAAGAAGAGGUGGAAGUAAUUGGUACAGCAGCGCCCCCUGCCGACCAUGUAUCCACCAGGGUGAAACCGUACUGUCCCGUGACGAUUGAGCCGAUUGUAUUCUUCUUGAUAUUGUCGGUAGUCAUGGUCCUGCCGCUGCAGCAACAGUACAUCUACUACAGACUGGGGAACAACACUCUUCCCUCCACGUCAGGAUGUGAUGUCAACGCAUCUCAUCCUGCCAGCAAGGAAAGUAAGAAGGUGCAGGAAGAAUCCGCGGACUGGCUGACGUACAUCAGAUUCAGCAUCACGUUCCCGUCCCUGCUGGCCGUGCUGGUGCUCGGGUCGCUGUCAGACAGACUCGGGCGGAAGGUCACACUCAUCGCCCCCCUUAUCGGUACUUUGGCCUGGCUCCUACUGAGCGCAUUCGUCGUCUAUUUGGACCUUCCACUACCGAUAUUCCUCGUAGGCGGUUUGAUGUUUGGUGUGAUGGGCGGCUCCGCGUCCUUCAUCACGGGCUGUGUUUCAUACAUAGCUGACAUCACGGACGAAGGGAAGAGCAGAGAUGUUCGCCUCGCCAUCGUGACAAGUGCCGCCGGUUUGGCUUUGAUCCCUGCUGUACUGGUGGGUGGUUAUUGGUUAAAAGGUGUCGGGCCUCCUCUUGGAUUCCAAGAACCUUAUUGGUUUGCUGUUGGGCUGAUGGUGUUUUGUCUCUUAUACGCCCUGUUUGCGUUAAAAGAAACGCGCCCAAAACAACCAGGAAGUAAAAUAUGCUCACUUUCGUACAUAAAAAACAUAGUGACUCUUGUAAAAAGGGUUCGAAAGCCGCAAAGGUGGAUCAUGGCUACCGUCGUGCUUGUGUACUUCCUGGCCCAUAGUGUCCAAGAGUCAGUGUCGGGAGUGAGAACCAUCAUCCUUCUGUCGCCGCCAUAUUGCUGGGACCCGGUCCUGCUAGGUUUCCAAGGCGCUGUUGUAGGCUCUGCUUACGUCAUGUCUGUGGUGGGGAUCAAAGUACUGGGGAGGUGGCUGUCGUCAUACGGAUUGGUCCAGGUUGGCUGCUUCGCGGCAAUAAGUGGACUGGUACUUCAAGCCCUGGCUGUCUACACUUCUGAUCGCACCUUGACAUUCUUCAUAGCGUUAAGUCUCAGCUGUCUACAGACGAUGCCUUCUCCCAUCCUGCUGGCGGUUUUGUCUAGGAUGGUCAGUCGUGACGACCAAGGUACACUGUUUGCCCUACUGGCUUUCGUGGACAACAUCGGGGACCUCCUUUUCGUCUUCUUCUUGAAUUUCCUUUACGGAUCUACGCUGAGCUUCUUGCCUGGUUUCGUGUUCCUGCUUUGUGCGGGGAUAUACCUGGUCUGCUCCAUCCUGAUAGGGGUUCUCCAGUGUUGCGACACAUCGACGGAUUACGAGAGGAUCCCUGAAGCCAUCAACAGGGACAUUGGACCAAUCUAACUAUAUAUAAGACAGCAUAGACGAAAGCUUACCUCUUUUAACGCACAAGUAUGACCAUACUAUACUAUAUAAGACAAUAUAACCUAUAGACAUUUGUAAACUACAUCUAACAGGUGAAUUCGUAAAUCUUUAUACGCCAGUCAUUAUAUUUCAAACCACAAGUACACCUCCGAAUGUCUAUCCGUAUAUUCAACGGACCUUAACAGAGUUUAGGCAAGCCACAAGGCGUAAUGUCGCCAAUGGUGUUGGGUGUACAAUUUCUCAACCUUUGUAUAUUUCCAUCACAAAUGGCGUGGGUGGCGUCUUUCCGUUGGGUAGAAAGGGCAUAUAUAGCUCUGAUAACAUUUCUCGUAUACUUAUAUGAGUGUAUAUAUAGCUCUGAUAACAUUUUUUCGUAUAUUUAUAUGAAUGCAUAGAAAGCCCUGAUAACAUUUCUCAUAUAUUUAUAUGAGUACAUAGAUAGCUCUGAUAACAUGACUCGUAUAUUUAUUAUAUUUAUAUGGUAUAACGUUAGACGUGUAUGUAUAUGGACGUCACUCUUGACAGUUGUGGAUAUCGUUGAUCAAGCAAUCAGGUAUGGUGAAUAUGCUCUUGGGUUCAAUUCAAAACGCCAUGUAAAGAUCAUGAGAGUGAUGAAACAAUCUGAACUGUUUCUGCCGCAGCACAGUUCAGUGUGUAUUGUGUCACAGACAUUCCAGUGAAAGUGUGUAUUGUCUGGAUGUAAAGACAAAGCCGGUACGGAUACACACUACGUACACGUAAUGAUGCGGCAAACAUGUAACAAUACCAGCGGAAGUACGCCGUCUAUCGGUACGUCCGGGAGUAAUGAGGUGAUUUGUCUUGACGAUUAUGUCGUUGGGCGGAAACAAUGCGUCGUUCAUUUGCAAACACGACAGUAUUGUCCGAACCCCGACAGGUAGUCGGUAGUACAGAGUUGUCUUUGCUCGCACAGAAAUGUUUAUUGAAUCAUGGAGACACAGCACAGAAUGCGCACAGUCGAAUAAAAUUCGAAUGAAUCAGAA